AUGCAUGGCCAGACGUUCCACCACGGAAUCCCGAGGAUCGCCCACCAGAGGAUCACGGAAACGGCUGCCCCGCCUCACCACUAUCGACACACUUACCUCCCCAGGGAGUAUGACCCCGUCCUCCCAUUGGUCCCGAGCCGACCGUACACUUCUGCUUUCCUCGACGAGCUCGAUCACAAUCCGCGCAUCUCGCUGCUGGAGGACCAGCUGACGAGAAUGCGCCACGAUACGGCUGCAUUGAGUGACAGACUCCACGGGAGGCCGGCUCCAGGUGCCCGUCCUCGUGUUACUGCUGGCUAUAGCAGCUAUUCACCUGCGGAAUACACGCCCCCACCGAGGCGGCCACGAAAUUAUCUUCUAGAGAUGCCGGAGAACGUCUACACGGCAGUCAUUCGACCCUUGAAGUGUGUCAUGAACGACGUCUACACCAUGGCUCAUUAUUACACCAUGCCUAAAAUGCCACCUCCUAAUCAAAAGCCGAUCGCACUCGGAAGGUACAAGAGAAUCCUACUUUUUGCAGAAUAA